AUGCCGCUGCGUCCCUCUUUCCUCUGUAGCCUGCGCCCUGCGCCAAUUCCUCCAGCUUGCAGCGCUAGACUGCUCCGGUGUCCGAUACCUGCUAUUAACUUAUAUGGACUGCAAGCUCAGCAACGAAGAGGGCGGCAUGAUGAGGCCGCCAAGAAGAAUCAUUAUGAGCGACUGAACGUGCGCCAUGACGCUACACCGGCAGAAAUAAAAAAGUCCUUCUAUUCGCUUUCCAAGACACACCAUCCCGACGCCAAUCGUUCAGAUCCAAACGCAUCAUCUACGUUCUCCCUAAUCUCCGAGUCAUACACUGUCUUGUCUGAUAAGUCUCGCCGCUCAGCCUACGAUCGAGAUGUCCUACGUCUGCACCAUCAUCCACCGCAAACAGCCGCUCAACGUGGUUCUUACCAUUCCCACCAGGCUGGUGGACGCGCACCUUCAGGCUUAAGUCGCAGGAGAGGUACCUUUCGCGGCCCGCCGCCUAGUUUCUACCGGAGUGGAGGCUGGGGAGACCAGGCGGACAAGCGUCGCAAGGCGCAUGAAGAAAGUACUGGUGGUGGCGGCGCAUCGUCGCAAGAACAAGGAACAUCACACAGUCGUCAUCAGAGCCCCUGGGGUGACCCUUUUAAACCCCACGAGACCUCUUCUCAUGGAGGCAUGGGACCAGGCGACGAUCCUUUUGGGCACCAGAACAAUGUCCCCCACUUUGACAAAGAAGGUCAUACGCGAACACAUCGACGAGAGGACGAGCGACGUAAAGAACGAUGGCAGAAGCGGGCCAUGGGUGACGACGAUAUUGAAUUUGAGCCACAAACGUCCAUCACUGGGCAUUUCAUCAUAAUAUCGGGCAUUCUUGCAACGACAUUAUUGGCUCCUCUCAUCUAUAUUCAAUUCAUGAGCAUUGGACAGCAGAAGAAGGAGAGAGGUUAG